GACACGUCGGUUUACGUGUUCGUGUUUUCGUAUGUAAAAAUUUAUACACUCGUAUGUUGUAAAAUCGGAUGUGGACGUUGACGUUACAUGUAGUUAACGAAAAAGAGUUAUCGCGAGUACAUCCUGUUUAAAACUAUUUUUAUUAUAUUGGUCGUCGAGACGUCGAUAUUGUGAAAUUUUUCAAGUUUUGACCGACGCUAAUACGCUAAUCAUCUACGAUUACGAUGGGCGGCCAAAAGAAUCGCGAACGCAAGGAAAAAGACGCCGGUUUUACCAAAGAAGAAGAGAUACUGCUCGAAGAUUUCAGCAGAAAUGUUUCCACCAAAUCGUCCGCUUUGUUCUACGGAAACGCGUUCAUCGUUUCUAUAAUACCUCUGUGGUUGUAUUGGAGAAUUCACAUGGUAGACGUAUAUUCGACCAUCAUCUGGUUCGUACUGGGCACCGCAAUUAGCACGUAUUUGGUAGCGUUCGCGUAUAAAAACACUAAAUUCAUUUUGAAACACAAGAUAGCUAUCAAAAGAGAAGAAGCCGUAGCCAGAGAAGUGAACAGAAAAUUGGCCGACGACAAGAAGAUGAGUAAAAAAGAGAAAGACGAAAGAGCAUUGUGGAAGAAGAACGAAGUCGCCGAUUACGAAGCCACCACAUUUUCAAUUUUCUACAACAACGCUCUGUUUCUAACCAUAAUGAUGUUCUUCAGUUUCUAUUUGCUUAGAAGUUUUACUCCUACGGCAAAUUACAUUUUCUCUAUCGGAAGCGGUUGCGGUCUCGUCGCUUUACUUUCCACUGGAACCCAAUAGAAGUCUAGCGCGUAUAUUACCGAAUUCCAUCGUCAACUUUGGUCUUCAUUUUCAUCAUCAACCUCGUCGUGGGAAACGAACGCGAUACCGACCUAAUUACGUAUUUAGUUAUUUACGUGUCCGUCGCCACCGUUACACGCGUAUCUACGAAUGAAAAAAAAAUUCGGUAAGCGUUCGAGUCGCGUCUCGUCUCGUCGUUGUUUCGAGAAAAGCUUCGUAAAUGUAAAUGAAAUUUAAUAUUAUUAUUAGGUUGUCGCUUUUAUUGUAAUAUAGUAUUUGUACUUCUGUU